AUGCCCUUCCUGCGACCUGCCGCCAUCUCCGUCCUAUCGAAGGCACUGCCCUCGAUGGGUGCAAAGCCCAUGGUUAGGCCUGCUCGACAGGUUACUGCUCCCCGACAAGAUACCAGAGAGCGUCUCACGGAUCGAGCCGCAAUGCGAAACUCUCGACCUCGUCCGUGGGCGCAACGCCCGGUUACCACCCGCCCUCCCCCUCCGCCUAGCCGAACGCCCGCUGUCAAAACCCUUCUUGCUGAAAAGCAAGCCCAGGCUGGUAUUCAGGCUAAGUUCUCUCCCCCUCGUGCUCCUCAAUGUGUGAACAAGGUACCGUUGACGGUGAAGACAGUUGAUAAGCCACAUCGUGCGCUCAAAAGAACCACUCCGGUUCAGACAAACAACAAGCGUGCGCCAGCCUCAGCACGUCCCGUCGUCAAAGCACGUUCAGCAGCCGCUCCCGCCGCCGCACGUCAAGUUAUCGGCGCCCCUCGGAAUAGAAACCCUUUGCGGAUGCCAGGACUGUCAGUCUUCGACAGGCUAUAUGCUCAGUCGAAAUCAUCGCGAAGCGAAAAGUUCAAUUUCGCAAAGUUGCGGUUCACCGGCGAUGUUAUCAGGGAAUUGAACGUCGAGAUGAGGAUGUUCGAGAGGUCUGAGAUCGUAGAUGACACCGACGGUAACCUCUCUCUCGUCCCUGCAUCGCCCUCGCAAUGCGCUCGACGAGAUUCGUCUCCGUUUGUGGUGGAGGUCGAAGAACAGGGUCGCCGAGACUCCUCUCCGUUCAUUAUGGCGGUUGAAGAGGAAGAGGACGUGAACGACUCUCCUAGCAUCGUCUCAUUCGUGAGCCCAACGGUCCCAUCAUGCCAUCGCCGAGAUUCGUCUCCUUUCGAUUCUAUAGUCCUAGAGCAGGAGCAGGAUCAGGAGCAUGAUUCUGCAUGGGGUUCAAUUUCAUUCGUGAGUGGCCCGAUUUCGGCAUGUGAUCGCCGAGACUCGUCUCCGUUCGUGGUAGACAUUGAAGAACAGGGUCGUCGAGACUCCUCUCAGUUCAUUGUGGCGGUCGAAGAGGAGGAACAUGAUUCUGCAUGGGGAUCAAUCUCAUUCGUGAGUGGCUCGAUUCCGGCAUGUGAUCGCCGAGACUCGUCUCCGUUGGUGAUAGACAUUGAAGAACAGGGUCGUCGAGACUCCUCUCCGCUCAUUAUGGCGGUCGAAGAGGGGGAGAAUGAUUCUGUAUGGGGUCAAAUCUCAUUCGUGAGUGGCUCAAUCGCACCAUGCGAUCGCCGAGACUCCUCUACGUUUGUGGUGGAUGUGGAUGAACAGGGUCGCCGAGACUCCUCUCCAUCCAUUGUGGCGGUCGAGGAGCAGGAGCACGACUCAGUAACGGAAGAGAGCAUGUGGGACGACGAUCUCAUCUGCGACCGCAGCCUUCUGUCCUCCAACGAUCAUGUCGUCGAGAUCCCUGACGACACCAUUACCGAGUGGUCCGUUCCUGUACGUCCCAUCAAUCCAGCGAAGCCUCCCCCUCGACCUCAGACCAUGUCCCGUAGCCUUGAGUGGCGAAAGGGCAUACUUAAGGCGGCUGUGACAAGCUCUGCCGACAGUCUCCCGCAAAGGAGGGUCAGAUGGGCCGACGAGGACUCUGAGCCGCUAUUUCAAGUUCGCGAAUACGACUUCACUGAAGAAGAUCGCAAGGAGCGCUUAGUCCGGAUGGAGCAUUUUGUGGGUAGCUUAGUAUCAUGGCGCCACAUUGAGAACGACGCGUACGAUUGCCGCCUCUUCUCUUACCCGGAGAAAGCGGCCUUCAUCACCUGUGGCGACUUCGACGACGAUGGCGUCUUCCAAGUGGACUAUUACCCGAGCAGAGUAUUCCUCCACCGCUACGAUCAGGUCCAACGUUACUACUGGAACAAUCGUCUGGCCUACGACGAUUGGCAAAAGUACUACGGUAACAAGCAGCGGACGACGAUGGUCUUUUCGGUCGGGAAAUCUCCCGACGAGAUGUUCACGCAUAACAUCGGAAAGACCGGCAAGAUACUGUUCACUCGAAAGCAGAAGCAGUACUAUGCUGCGAUGGCUAGGAUUCACGGCUAG